UCCGACAUGAUACGAUCCAGGAAACCUCCUCGACAAGUACUUUUCGAGCCGAGCAUGAGUGUCAUGUAAGGGCACACGCGACGCGCACGGCAACAUUCUCGUAAAAGUUGUCUACCAAUAAUUUGCAAGUCCAUAGCCGAGGCUACAUCACACACGCAUUCUUGUUCCCGACUUCCUCGCGCUAACGUCGGUUCUCGGCACCAGGUCAGCAAGGCACAUGCGGCUCUUCGUCUCGUCUCACGUUGUCGAAGAGGCGGCACGGGCGUUUGGAACAACCGGGUGGAGACGCUGUACGCACGCGCCUACGUACGCACCCACGCAUCCAUCCAUUGGUAAUGCUUACCAGAAGGCUGGAUGGGGUAGGGUAUCCGGCUCGGUGUUUCUCCUCCGAUCUUGUCGAUGUCGGGGGUUUCGGGGGUUGGAAUUGUGGAUGGGGAGAACUUGAGGAUUUGAGACGGGGGCAUGAAGAUGUGCGCUGGGAGGGCGUGGAGUGGAGACAGAUGUUGGGUGAUGGGUUUGUUUCUCUUUGUUGUUCAUGUGUGUGUGUAUGCACUGCUUCGCGCGAAAGAAACCCGGACGCUGUCGGACGGCGUGAGUGGGAUGCUUAUCGUCAGGCCAUAUGGUCGGAUCGCGCUACAUUGGUGGUCGGCUGCAUGGUGAAUCCUUCUAUGCGCGUCAGAUCAGCUUGUGCUUGUACGCGAGGUAGAUACUUUCACAUCAAUACUGCAAGAAUGGUCUUUCUUCUCACACACAUCGCUUGAGUUGACUUCUACUUUACUGUAAUACACUGAAUUGACAUGCCGGUG